AUGAGUGAUGAGGAUGGCAUUUCGGAUGGUUCAGAUAUAGAUUCUAAUUUAGAAGAAACUGUAUUGGGCUCUGAUGAUUCAACUAUGGGUUUUCAAUUAUCAAGAGAAGAUUCAAAUCAACUCACAUCUAAUGAAAUAGCAGGAUUCACAUAUCUUAGAUCAGUCGUUAAUACAUACAAUGCUUUUAUGUACACAAAUCCAGCAGAACUUGAUGAUUAUGGAAAAAUUCGUUUGUCAAUUUUGUCAGAAUAUCUUCCAUUGUCAUCUCAAGUUGUGUACGGAUUUGCAGAUUGCAGUACUCUCUUACAAUUAGAAAUUGGACUCUCAAAUUUUUCGUUUACUCAUAAACCAGAUACAAUUAACUAUUUUCACCCAGUACUUGGUAAGACUUAUGUUGGGAGACCAAUUGUAAACGAAGUCAUAGCAGAAUUUUUCUCUACAUUGUAUAAACCACGUAGUUUUUACAAAUCAGCUGCUUAUCUUCUAUCUCCACCAGGAAAAUGUGAUAUGAAAUUACUUAAAAAACUUCGUGACGAAGGUUACGAUGGCGAUCGUGCCGAACACGCGCUUACAUUAUAUAAUAAUGAUUAUAUGAAAGCGUUAGACUUCCUUAAAACCGGACAAUUACCGGUCGCAAAAACAGAUAUUGCCAUACCGUAUUCAGAUUGUCCACUUUUGUACUUAGUUCUUGAAAUCGUCGAAGUAUUUCUUGAUUUACCAGAUCAUUGCUGUAUUUGUCGAAAACUGUCGACGGAUACAGGUGUCAAACCAAUGCCAUGCGAUGAUCAGCUCUGCAAUUACACCUACGUCGAACUUGGAGUCGGAUGCAGUUUAUAUAAUGAAAUCAAAAGGGAUCCAUUAGCUGCAGACCUUGUUUUUUCAAUGUUCUGCUGCUCGAUCGGCACUCCUUAUAUGAAACCAGCCCCAACGAUGUUCAACCAACCACAAAUGAUCGAAUUAAUCGAAAAAAUUCCACGAAUGUCCGAAAUAAUCGCAAACUACAAGUCAGACUCUGAACUAGAGAAAUCUAUUGGCACUGACGCGUUCACUCUACUGCGCUGGGUCUUGAUGACGAACAGAUCUCAAUUUAUUUCACUGGAUGAUGAGCUCACACUUCCAGAAUACCUAUCCCAAGAUACAAAGAUAUUCAUGGUUAUUGCGAAUACACCACAAAAAGAGAACGAUUUUAGAGAAUUACGUUCGAAAUAUAAUAGUCUAUGGUUUUGGCAUGGAAGUUUACAUAACAGAUGGCAUUCAAUAUUCAGGAAUGGUCUACAGAACAUGUCUAACACUCCAGGAAUGGCAAACGCUGCAUGUUACGGACCAGGAAUAUAUCUUGCAAGAAAUUCUGGAGAUUCAUUGGGUUACGUAAGAGAAGGAAAGAAUCGUUAUACGAGAUCUGCUUUUGGAACCAAUUUAAACUUAAUUGCUCUUUGUGAAGUUGCAAAUGUUCCAGAUUUGGCAGAUAACGGCUGGAACCACACUUUACGAGACACAAAAGCUGUCGUCAUCAGGUUCUUGAUCUUUAAUAUGAAAAAGUCGAUUGAUGUUAUUAAAGAUCCUCCAAAAAAUAUUCCAACACUCAGAGAUGUCCUUGAACAUCACGCUAAUAAUGCAAGGAAAUAA